GACCGCGAGGCGCCGUCGGGGCACAGGGCCUGGGACAGGCACAGACACGGCACGUUUCAUCCAUGACGCGCGUCCCCUGCCUACGUUCUUCGUUAAUCUCGCUCGUACAUGGAACACGCAUGUGAUCGACCGAUCGGGUCCCAGGAUUGACUGUGUAAUCCGCGGCACGCCGUCCACGAGGCUCCCCCGGCCUUGAGAGUCGCCAGCGUUGGAUGCGACGUUCCGCCCGGAGGGAUACUGGCGCGUCGACCGGACGUUUUGUUUAUACCACACACGUACGAUGCAAUAACAGUAGAUCUUGAUGGACUGUACAAGGGUAUGCGGGAGUCUAACAUAUCUAGGUUCUUGUUCGUUCGUUGCUACAACAGGUAUUUGAGGGUUCUCCCAUAGAGACGACCGCCGGGAGAGCCAAAGCUUGUGCAAAAUCCGGGGAGGCAUGCGGAAUAGCUGGUGAUACGAAGAGAGCGUACUAAAUCAGUUUUAACAACAUGACGGAUACACGCAGGAGAGUAAAACUGUAUGCCCUUAACGCAGAUAGGCAAUGGGACGAUCGCGGCACGGGUCACGUAUCGUCGUCCUACGUGGAGAGAUUAAAGGGGAUUUCCCUCUUGGUAAGAGCGGAGAGCGAUGGCUCUCUCCUGCUAGAGAGUAAAAUACAACCGGAUACGGCAUAUCAGAAACAACAGGAUACUCUGAUAGUAUGGUCCGAAGGAGAUAAUUUCGACUUAGCCCUAAGUUUUCAAGAAAAGGCUGGCUGUGACGAGAUAUGGGAAAAGAUUUGUCAGGUUCAAGGCAAGGAUCCAUCUGUAGAAAUCACCCAGGAUAUCGUGGAAGAGUCGGAAGAUGAGCGGUUCGAUGAUAUGUCAGAUGCGGCACCGCCUAUCGAAUUACCUCCGUGCGAACUUAGCCGAUUGGAAGAUAUUAACGAGCUGAUAGAAAAUUGCUUAGCGUCCCCGAUGAGAAAAGAGAAAUUAGCAGUGGCACUAGAGUCCGAGGGUUACAUAAAAAAGUUGCUAAAUCUUUUUCGUACAUGCGAGGAUUUGGAGAAUAUUGAGGGAUUACAUCACCUUUACGAUAUAUUCAAAAAUAUUUUCUUACUCAAUAAGAAUGCACUGUUUGAAGUUAUGUUCAGCGACGAUACGAUUUUCGAUGUUGUCGGUUGUCUGGAGUACGAGCCAACGUUAUCGCAGCCAAAGAGGCACAGAGAGUAUCUUCGACAGUUGGCCAGAUUUAAACAAGCAAUUCCUAUUACCAAUACCGAACUACUAGCUAAAAUCCAUCAAACAUACAGAGUUCAAUACAUUCAAGACGUAGUGCUGCCAACCCCGAGUGUAUUCGAGGACAACAUGCUGAGUACAUUGAGUAGUUUUAUAUUCUUCAAUAAAGUUGAAAUAGUGACUUUGAUACAGGACGAUGAGAAAUUUCUUACUGAACUUUUUCGUCAGUUAACGGACGAAGCGACCUUAGAUAGCAAGAGACGCGACUUAGUCCUUUUUCUAAAGGAAUUUUGCAACUUUUCGCAAAACCUUCAGCCGCAGGGAAAGGAGGCGUUUUAUAAAACGUUAACAGCACUUGGUAUACUUCCUGCUCUAGAAAUCACUUUGGCAAUGAACGAUGCACAGACGAAAACGGCCAGUAUAGAUAUAUUGACUUAUAUCGUGGAAUACUCUCCAAGUGUUGUACGAGAUUAUACAUUACAGCAGAUAAAUAACACUGAACAGGACCAAAUGUUAGUGAAUGUAAUAGUUGCUCAACUUGUCGGGGACAGUGACCCAGAGUUGGGUGGCGCGGUGCAGUUGGCCGGCGUACUACGUUUACUUCUGGACCCAGAGAACAUGUUGGCUUCUGUUAACAAAUCAGAAAAGACUGAUUUCUUAAAUUACUUUUACAAGAAUAGUAUCGGCACCCUAAUAGCCCCUCUCCUGGCAAACACGAUCGGAGAGCGACCCGCGAGAGAGGAUUACAGAACAGUACAACUCUUGGGAUUGAUCUUGGAAUUGUUAUCGUUCUGUGUGGAGCAUCAUACGUACCACAUUAAAAACUGCAUAUUGAAUAAAGAUUUACUCAGAAGAAUACUGGUUUUAAUGAAGUCAACGCAUACGUUUCUAGUGCUAUGUGCAUUAAGGUUUAUGAGAAAGAUUAUAGCAUUAAAGGAUGAGUUUUAUAAUAGAUAUAUAAUUAAGGGUAACUUGUUUGCACCUGUAUUUGAUGCAUUUGUAAGAAACAAUGGCAGAUACAAUCUCUUAGACUCGGCUAUAUUGGAAAUGUUUGAAUUUAUCAAAUUGGAGGAUAUUAAGUCGCUAUGUUCACACGUUGUUGAAAACUUUUCCAAGGAACUGGAAGCAAUUGAUUAUGUACAAACAUUUAAGGCAUUAAAGUUAAGGUAUGAACAACAUCAGGACAAGUUGAAAGAUCGUGAUAGAACCACAAUUGACAGCGUCCCAUCAAUUUUGCGGAACAGUCGGUACCGAAGGGACCAGAGGCAGCUGGACGAGGAAGAGGAACUAUGGUUCAAUGAAGAGGAAGAGUUUGAUGAAGACUCGAAAAGUCACCAGCAACAACAACAGCAACAGUCUGUAUUAAACAAUAAUACUGCUAAUAAUAAUAUUACCUCGCAACAACCACAGAUCAAUAAUAGCUCGUCAACAACGAAUGAAUCACCAAUUGCUUCGGAUAUAAAUCCUACUCCGGCUAUUGGCACUGUGGAAAAGACGGGAACGGCACUGUUUAAGAAGGGGUUAGUCGAUUACGAAGGAGAUUCUGAUGAGGAGGAUGAAGAUUCAGAAUUAAGUCCUUCCCCAAAGCGACAACGAUUGUCAUAGUAGGCAAACUUGGAAAGAACAAGAACAUUUGUGAUUUUUAAUUGCUAUUAUCAUUUCAUGACCUUCCUACGUGUAAAAACAGAUCUAUCUUCUCGAAAGAGACAUAGAUUGAGCUUCUUGCUAAGGAAUGGACACAACAAUAAGUGCUUUUAAAAGAAAAAUGUAUAGUGGACACUCAUUCAUAGGUCUGUCUAUGUUGACAUGUGUAUAGUAUGUGAGACAUAAAUAGGGUCAGAAUGAAAAUUAAGUAAGCUACGUCGAUCGAGUGUAUCGAUAAAACAAAGGAAGAAUGAACUUUCUUUAAUAAAACGAACAGUGGUAGUAUCGCGGCAUAAUAUGAUGUAGUAUGUUGUACUGUAUAAUGCGUUAAAAAAAGUAAGGGAUACUAAACAAAUUAUAGAGUCCAUUCCACUUGUCUGGAAACGUCUUGUACACUAGGAAAGAUAAUCUCAUGGAUUACUACGGAUAGUCUAAGAUUUGGCCAAAUUAGCCAAGUUUAAUGACUUACAGAUAUACAGGAGAUUGAAGCGUAUGCAUAAAUAGACUGUGAAAAAUGAAAAUGUCAGUUGAGCCGACGUCAUAAUUGAAAUGUCACAGUUGAACUGUGUUUAAAUUGUACUCACACUUUAAUCACACAGUUGUCUGGUAAAUCUACGAAGAAGGUACUUACGACAUAUUGUAAGACCGAAUUCGAAUAAGACAAAGAGUACAUGUGAUGUACCGCACAAAAACGAGCGUUUUCUUUUGCCAUUCGUGAGUUUCCUAUCGCAUACCGUGUGAUAGAGAGCGGUUCUCCAAGUCAACGGAUCAGGCACUGUGAAACUUUAUCCAGUUCGACAGAAGUAAUAUUUAGUUUGUAUAUAUAUGUAUAUUUGUAACGAUUGUAAAACAACCACACUGAAUUAAGCAGAAAUAUGCAAUUUCUUUAAGGAUUCAGUUUCCUUUAAAAUACUUUCAACAAGCUUUUCGGUUGUCAAUGUAAGUAGUAGUAAUUGUACAAUAAAUAUUUGAUUUAUGUAUAUUUAUCAGUCUGCACUUCAUGCCCAAUGUUAAUCCUUGAUGUGUAAAGUAUAACCUGAAUGUAUCACGAAAUGCUUAUUAGACUUAUGUAUAAAAUAUAGUGUUCGUAUCUACAUGAUGGGCAAAGUGGAGCCAAGAAUGGCAGAAAAGCGCUUUGUAAAAAUAGACUUAUAUACGAUUUAGCUUUGUUAAAUUAUAAACAUGUUUAUAAUACAACAUAUAAUUUAUAUAUUGGAUAAAUCAAUAAUGUCAGAAGAUGCAAUAUAAAAGUUUAAUUUGUGUUUGUGUUAUUGAAUUUAACAAAAGCCGGAGAAUUAUGAUAAAUUCGUCUUAUAGAAGUCGAUGAUACUUUGAAGACAUAAUUAUUUUAAAUUGAAAUUUAACUUUACGGUAUCAUAUCGGAAGAGUAGAUUUACAUGAAUCUAUUUUGAAUCAGCUCCAGAAAAAGUGUUUUUAAACCGUUUAUGCGGUUAAGCUGACAGUAAAAAUUUUAUUUUAGCAUUUAUCACUACAUAUUUCCUAUAAAUGUAUCACAUCAACCACACUCAUUUAUUUUUAUAUCAUUUUUUUUAUUGAGUUAAUUUUACAGAAAAGAAUUACAAAUUAAUAUACAGAUUUUUCAACGAUAUGCCUAAUACCCGAAAGAAUUUCCAAGACUGCUUUAGGACUGUAAGUACGUAAUGCUUGAAAUAUUGCAGUGGAGGUACACAUGUACACAUAUACAUAUAUAUUAAUUCUUACUGUAGCGAAAGGGAUCUGAAAGUUAAUUCAAUCACAAAGUGAACAAAUUGUGAAUAUCUGAGUAGGCAAAUUCGCUGGAGCUGAGUGAUACGUGUACAUAAAAUGUUGUGCAACUUGGACUGAUCACAAAAAGGAGAAAUGUAACAAAGGCUAAUAUUAAUUAGUUAAGUAAGAUAAUGCUGAGUAAAAUGUUGUUCUUUAUGUGUUUUACAUAUAUCCACAAUCUAUUCGAUAAUAAAGAACAAAUAUUAAGCC